ACAGACCCCAGACCGUCGCUGCAUAUCGUUCGUUUGCGCGCUGUCGGUUGCAUUCGGGUUUUUUUUGAGCACUCAGAAGCAAGAAGUUGAGCACGCUCCGGAACAAUAGCGUGUUGUGCCACGAGUGAGUUCCCACGGGUUUCACAUUCAAGAACGCUGGCGUGUUGUAACCUCUCCGGGCGGAAACGUCUAGAAGUUCAAACGACGACAGAACGGAACCAUCAUCGACCGAGUGGCAGCUGGUAGUGGUGAUGCUGGGGCUACAGAAUUCGUGCAUCGUGCUCAACGCCAAGGCAGUCAACAGUGAUGGCGGUGGUGGCGGUGGCGUGGCCGAUGGGGGGAAAGUGCAUUUUAAAAUGCUCAAUCCAUGUGCCGACAUUGGGCAGCAGCAGGUGCGCGGACACCAGCGCAUACCGUCGGACACGAAAGAGUUCCACGAAGCGACGAAGCGCGAUGCCCUGAUGCGCCUCAAGAAGGACCUGGACCAUCUGCUGGAAACGGUCGAGGAGUCGCGCAAAACCGGCGUGCAGAAGGAGAUGUGCGGAUUCGAGGCCCUGUACCACCGGUUCCUGCAAGAGGAUGGUCCGUCGGUCGAGUGGGAUCGCAUCGAGAAGCUGCCGGAGGAGGCGGUGAAGGACUACUCCACGCUUAAAUUGCCCCAGGAGGCGCACAUUCGCGACAUGCUGGACAAGCUGGUCGUGGUGAAGCUGAACGGUGGUCUCGGCACGUCGAUGGGAUGCCACGGGCCGAAGAGUGUGAUUCCGGUGCGCAACGAUCUCACCUUUCUCGACAUGACCGUGCAGCAGAUCGAGUUUCUGAACAAAAAGUACAACGCCAACGUGCCGCUGGUGCUGAUGAACUCGUUCAACACCGACGUCGACACGGAGAAGGUGAUCCGCAAGUACAAGGGCUUCCAGGUGCAGAUCUACACAUUUAACCAAAGCUGCUAUCCCCGCAUCAGCCGGGACUCGCUGUUGCCGAUUGCGAAGGAUUUUGACAUCGAGAAUGAUAUUGAAGCAUGGUACCCACCCGGUCACGGUGAUUUCUACCAGUCGUUCCAGAACUCGGGACUGCUGCGAAAGUUCCUCGAGGAGGGGCGCGAGUACUGCUUCCUGUCCAACAUCGACAAUCUGGGCGCAACGGUCGACAUCAAGAUACUGAACCGGCUCAUUGGCGACGACCGGCAGGGCGAUAAGCCGAUCGAGUUCGUGAUGGAGGUGACGGACAAGACGCGUGCCGACGUGAAGGGCGGUACGCUGAUCCACUACGAGAACAAGCUGCGCCUGCUGGAGAUUGCCCAGGUGCCGAAGGAGCACGUGGACGACUUCAAGUCGGUGAAGACGUUCAAGUUCUUCAACACCAACAACAUCUGGGCCCGGCUGGAGUCGAUCGAGCGGGUACUGAACGCCAAGACGAUGAACAUGGAGAUCAUCGUCAACAACAAAACGCUCGACAAUGGCAUUCGCGUGAUCCAGCUCGAGACGGCCGUCGGUGCGGCGAUGAAGUGUUUCGACGGUGGUAUCGGCAUCAAUGUGCCGCGAUCGCGCUUCUUGCCGGUGAAGAAAACGUCCGACCUGCUGCUGGUCAUGUCCAACCUGUACAGCCUCAAGUACGGCUCGCUGGUAAUGUCCCCACAGCGCAUGUUCCCCACCACCCCGCUGGUGAAGCUGGGCGACAAUCAUUUCAGCAAGGUGAAGGAAUUCCUCAGCCGCUUUGCCAAUAUUCCCGACCUGAUCGAGCUGGACCAUCUGACCGUGUCGGGCGACGUGACGUUCGGGCGGGGGGUCUCGUUGCGUGGCACGGUCAUCAUCAUCGCUAACCAUGGCGACCGUAUCGAUAUUCCGGCCGGUGCAAUCCUCGAGAACAAGAUCGUGUCCGGCAACAUGCGCAUUCUGGAUCAUUAAGGAAAGGGAGAGCGAGCGGGAGUGGAGAAGAGGAAAGUGCACAAGCAUCAUGGAUAAAAGACAGGCCAGUUGGACGAUACUCAGGAGCGAUACAAGCGCAAAGUGUGUGAAACAUGCGAUAAACAUUAUCUUAAAUCGGUUGGGAAAGCGGUAGAUUGUAGUUCUGGAAGAAAGCAAUACACGUAACACGUUAUGCAAGAAAACAGUUUUCAAAAAGACGGAUACGAAGCUCUCAUGUGGGUUUGGUUGACUAAUGUAGCACAAGUUUUGAGAGUUAAAAACAUAUGUGGAUGUGUGUUUUUUGAGGGGUUUAAUUAUCGUUAUCAUCGAGGGAGAGCCUACCCGAGCGGGGGGAGUCUUUUCGUUUAAUGAUUGUUUGAAUAAAAAAAUUACCACACCAUUGAA